AUGAAGGUUAUUGCGAAUGUAUUUAGCUUAGAUUUUGAUUUUUUCAAAGCUAUUUCUAAUAAUAGUGAAACUUUUAACGAGUAUAAGAAUGACUUAACACCUUCUUACAAAGCUUGCUAUGUUAGUUAUUACAAAGUUUGGAAAUUAAUAGCUCUCCAGAAGUAUGAGAGUGCUUUGAUCUUAGAAGAAAAUGUAGACAUUGAAAUGAGCAUUUCAUCAAUUGUAUUUAAAGUUUAUUGUGGCUUACCUGGUAAUUGGGAAAUGUUAUUAAAAGAACUUGUUGAUCCAAAAGAUCUGAUUGAUGUAGAAUUAGUCUAUAGAAUUAAAGUGAGAAAUAUCACCUCAUAUAGUCUUGAACCAUCAGCAAUUAUUCAAUAG